GUUAUUUGUCCACGUGAGCUUCAUUCAGCUGAGCGCUGCAAGGAUGAAUGGCUGGGGUUUGUUUAAAAAAUUAUAUGUUUAUUAUGUUAUCUGCUCAUACAUGUUAUAAAUGUCUUGUAUGCGUAACUUCUGUUUGUUGCUCUCUGGUGUUUUGAGUCGCAUGCAUGCAGUGAUACCGCACAGCCAUCUGUAUGAAGCUGCACAAACACAUCUGAUGAGACACAAACGCUCAUUUAACGCAGUGGUCUUUUUUUCCGAGCCAUUCACUCUGGUUUUAUGUAACCAUGCCUGCGCUCGGCUGCAUGAAACCAGGAUUUGAUCGUGAAAUCACGCCAUAUAUUAGUGAAGCAGACUGAAGUCCUGGAAUGCUUGAGUGCGGGGGUGUCUGUCUGUCCCCUUCACUGCAGUCACACAUCUGAACAGCAUAUGCAUGCCUCACGCUGCAAACAACACUCAGGAUGAGAAAUACAUGGCUUUGGAAAUGGUAUUUGACUUGUUUACAGGGGGUGGAAGAUGGAAACGUUGGAAAAAUGGAGCAGAGACAUCAUGGCACCUCAUCAGCUGGAUAAGAAGGCACAGUCCAAACAAAAUGGCAUGAUUGCAAAAAAUCUUCUCAACUCUCUUAAGAAACGCAAUCAUUUGCAGCUCCAGCCAAUUUCUCGCUCAGCAUGUGCCACUGGCUCAUGUCCAGAUCUGAUGAGUAGGAACGAGCAGCCAGACUCCCGGCCGCUUGCCGUGGCCCUGACGCCCCAGCUACCCCCAAGAACUCAUCGUCCCCUGUGUCUCUCAGUGUCCUCUGACAGCAAUGGACGCUUCAAAGCUCUGGAGACCCAGGAAUGGAAGAACAACCUCAAAGCUCAGAUGGAGCAGGCCCAUAGUGCUGGAGCAGCCAGCAGCACAGGUUCCCUGGAAAGAGCGUCUCUCUUUUGCGCUUCUGGCUCCACCACCACCUCCAGCUCUGGCCUCUCCAGUCCGGUGGAGCACCUCACCAAGAGCAAGUCCUCUAGUCGCUUUUCACUUUUCUCCCCACCUUGGAACAGCAGCUCAGAGUCUGACUCCAAUCCACCUUCCCGCUCCGGAUCUAAGAAAAUGCGCAACUACAGUCGCAGAGCUGGUCCUGGCAGUGCCAAAACGGGCCCAGAGACUCCAGAACCCAAGCAGAGCGUCCCUGAGCAUUUCCAGUACUCAGAACCAGUCAUAUCGAAGGUUACAGACUACAUUUUUGUGGGAAACCUGAACGCGGCUUAUAGUGGGCGUACGUUGUGCCGCAAUAAUAUCGACAGUAUCAUCGACAUGAGCAGCCUGCCUGGGGAGACUUGUUUGAGAGUCAUUCCUUGCACUUGUUCAAGGGGUGUCAAGCAUAGUUGGUCUCGUCUCAAAGUGGACAUAAGUGACCUUCCGGACACAGUCCAAGAAGGGCUGGCACUCAAGCAUCGAUGCUUCGAUGACAUCAAUGAGUGUAUCGAUGCCUCCACGGAGAAGAGGAAGCGAGUUCUGGUGCAUUGUCGUGAUGGUUUUUCCCUCGCCCCCACUUGCAUUAUUCAGUACCUCAUGGUCAAACAAAAUAUGAGGCUUAUUGCCGCCUACGAGCUGCUCAGAGCCAAACACCCAGUCAACAUUCGGGAGUCCCAUCAGAACGUUCUGGUAAGUCUCGAAAGAGCUCUGAGACCGGGUGGGAACACGGACCCAGAGUGCUUUAAACAGGCCAUCUCUCGAAAAGUGGCUUGGACCUGAUAGCGAACCUUGGGGAACCUCACUUUUAUUUUAGCGUUUUGUAUUUUGUAAAUUUAAUUUUGAAUAUUAUUUCCAUUGUUAACUCUGUGGAAGGCAGUUUUUUAUUGUUUUAACUGAGCUGGAUGUCAUGGUGUGAGUACUAAUUGUGAAAAUGUACUUUGUUGUUCAGUGGCCAUUUUAGCAAAACAAAGCCUGGGAAUUUGAGUCAUUCGUUUUGCUUCUGGCUAUACAAAACAAGAACAAACAUGCUUUGUGCAGCUGCUAAACAAUGCGAUUUGUCUGGGAAUAUAUCUCCUGUUUAUUCUUCUUCACGUGGGUACAUAGCCAUGCUGUGCAGGUUUAUGUUGAGGAAGAAGUUAGCGGGAGCCCUCAGGAUACAAAACGAUGUCAUAUAUGGCUGCAAACACCACUACUGAGGCUGAAACGUCAAACUGGAGUACUAUAUCAACUAAACAUCUUAAACACUCUGAGGACAAAUUGAGGACUAAACAUGAUUAAUCACUGAAUCUGGUAGUACAUAGCACAACCUUUGUUGGCCUCCUUAUUCAUUUGACAGUUAACCAGGGUUGAAAGAUGUACAGUAAGAGUAGUCCUCUAUGAGGAGACAUUUCAUUUACUAGGUUAAGUGUCUUUUAUUAAAUGUGUACUAUUCAACAUGUUUAAUCGAAUAAUUCAGUGCUUGGAAACAAUGUGAAUUUUGUGAUCGUGUAAAGCAUUGAAACUAACCCACUUUAUACCUUGUAUGGUUUGUUGGUAUUUGGAAAACGAGUUAAACAGAGUUGUGGAGCAAUGCUCAAUUGCUAAGGCUUGAUAUUGCACUUACAACAAGGAAAUGCACAAGUUUUGCUGAAACAUGGUUUGACUUAAUGUUGCACAGUGAAUAUAGAUCAAAAUAUUUUUAUUACGAUAAUGUUUAUGCUUAUAUAUAUAUAUAUAAUGAUUGUUGUUCCAUGGUUUCUAUUGUAUUUUGAUUUAGCCAUUUUGACAAAUGUAACCCUGAUAGCAAAUGUACGUCACUGAGGCUACUUGAAUGUGUGCAUUUUCUUUAAGAGCAUUAUCUAGUUUGCAGUGUGUGUGUGUAUAUAUAUAUAUAUAUAUAUAUAUAUAUAUAUACACGCACACACAAGCAUACAUACAAAUAAUUAAAUAAAAGACAAAUGCAACAAAGAUAGAUAGCUGUCAUGAUAAUCGAUUGGAUAUAUUGUUGAUUAUAAUGUGAUCAAUAGUUUUGUUACUUUGCAAGAUGUUUGCUUCUAGUGUAGAUUGGAAUGUUUUCUGCAACAUUUAGGUUUUUAAGUUUAUAGUAAUCUGCUGUUGUUUUGACGUCUGCACGCAAAUAUAAUGUAUCUUGGUGACGUACAUGUGCUUAAGGGGAAAUAUGUUUGACAUGGCUUAUGCUUAUCAGCAGUGAUUCUUUUAUUUUGAUAUUUAGUGUGCAGUUUGGUGAAGAAAGACCCUCCUAUGUUUUGGUGCCUUUCGUUUGAAAUCAUCCAGUGUGAUUUAUUGUGACAUUCACACGCGCACACUAUAUGCACUCAUCGGGUAUUGACAAAAUGUCGUCCUUAUGCUUUGACAUGUUCAGGAAAUGCUCCAUGUUGGUGUAAUUUUUUGAUGUAUGGCAGAGAUCAGUUUCAUCUGAAUACGCCGUUGUAAAGGUUUCAUAGCAGUGCUCACAGUGAACAGUGCCUGUACUUCAAUUAGUGUGGUGGUGAUGACGUCAAUCAGUGUGAUCAUUUACUUUCUUCUACGGGCCUGCAAUUAGCUUCUGACAUUAGCAAAGCUGUAUUUAGAUUCAAAUGGAACAUUUACUGUUGUUUUAUUCUUAUUCAUUAGCCUAUUUAAAUCUAUAUUUUUGGAUGGUUGAUCUUGCCCUGUAAAGGUCUAACAACAUGAACUCUCAGGUUAACUUUAUUGGCCUAGAAAACAUUCUCAAUGCGUUAGAAACCAGAAUAAUGUGAGGCAAUGUAUUUUCUGUAUCACGUUUUUGAAGAAAAUGCAUUUGUACAUGUUGAUAUUAAAGAGAAUCUGAUGCACUGAC